AUGACCCCACGAGACCAGCUGAGGAAGAUGACAGCGCUGGGAGAGCAGGGGGCUUUGGAUGAGAAGCACUGGUACCGACUGGUUAACGGCAUGUCUGCUGGAGAGCUGAGGCAGAGACAGGAGAUGAUUAUGAGGAACCAGAUGGCUAUGGCUCCACAGAUCCUCGCCCAGGGGCAGCAGAGGUUACAGGGAGUCCCUGCACAGUUCGAACCUCGUUUCAUGGAGAGGGAGCUGGUCCCCCCUACUGAAAUGGUGGCUUCAGAGGCAAGACAGAUGCAUAUGGGACCCCACCUGGGUCCCCCUUUACCACCACAUGCCAAUGUCCUGCCUGGGAGAGCAUUCCCAGGAGCAGCUGGCUAUGGCUUCUUGCCCUCAGAGCCCAUGGAAACAGUUGCCCGGCGACAGGAACUCAUUCAUAAGCAAAAUAUAGCCAGGAUGGAGAUGAACGCCAUCCUGCAUCAAAAAGAGCUGGAGAAUGCCCACCAGAAGGGACUUAUGGGAAUUGAUAACUCCAUGGCCUUCCCUUCCAACCCCAUGGCAUUCAGGAGUCGUCAGCGUCUACCAGAUGGUCACGACGUCUUCGUCCACCGUCCCACCCUGGAUGAGCUGCACUCCAACAGCCUCCUCAUGUCAGCCAGCCCUUACCCGCCAAUCAGCACACUGCACAGAGAGCGUGGACGCAGGGCAGGCAGAAGGCCGACCACUCACAAGACCUCAGAGACCCAUGUGGCCAACCUAAAGGGCCAAACUGAAGACAAAAGUGUGGAGCAGAGCCCCGGAGCCACGUCAGGGGAGGAAAAGGAGGUGGAGGCAAAAGGGGACAUGGGAGAGGAGUGUGCUACGAGCAAGACACACCAUCAGGCCAAAACAGACUCUGAGCUCAGCACAGGGGGCAGGAAAACCUACAAAGACGGAGAGCCUGGCCUGCGCAAAACCUGUGGAAACAGUCAGGAUGGUUGUCCGGAUGUGGCCAACAGCAGCACGAAUGAUAAAGACAUUUCAAGCCAGUGUUCAGCAUUCCAGGAGAAAUUCAUGUAUCCCUCUGCUGGUGGAGCGCUCACUGGCAUGCCUUACAUGUUCCCAGUUCCUGGAAAUGGAUUUCUUCCACCUGGCCCUGCCAAUCUCUUUCUUAAUGGUGAAGAGGUCUCUGAGGACAUAAGGAAGUGGACGGUGAAUGAUGUGUACAACUUUAUCAACAGCAUACCUACAUGUUCAGAAUAUGCACAGACGUUCAAGGACCACAUGAUAGACGGAGAGACACUGCCCCUACUUUCAGAGGAACAUCUGCUCGACACACUGGGGCUCAAGCUGGGACCAGCACUGAAGAUCCGCUCACAGGUGUCCAGGCGCAUGGGCAACAUGUUGUACAUGAUGAACCUCCCGCUCUCCACCGGCGCCCUGCAGGCCACUCCAGAGAAGCCUGGGGAUCGCUCACCAGAGAUCGGCUCUCCUGGUAACUGCAACAGUGAGGAGAUGAUGGCGAGUCCAAGAGACCCCGAUGUCCUAAAGUCCACAGAGCACCUUCAAGAGACUGAAAACAACAACUCCCCUCCAUCUGCCAGCAGUGAGACAGCCUGA